AUGUGGGACAAGAGGGGUAACCUGAAGAUCGGUAUCGCGCUCGCGAGGGCGGUGAAGGGCGCGGGGGACGGCUCGGGAGAGCCCGGCGGCGGCGGCGGCGGCGGCGGCGGCGGCGGCGGCGGGGAGCCCGAAGGCGGCAUCUGGGCGCCGGAGAAUCUCUCCGUCGCCGACAUGACCACGGAGCAGUACCGUCUCCUGUACUUGAUCGCGCGCGUGCAGAGGGCCGUCGCCGUCGCGGAGGACACGAGGCCCGAAGACCAGAAACACGCGGAAGAGAUGUACGACCCGUGGAGUCGUAAGAUCUCCAGACGACGCAGCGCCAUCUCGCGCCGCGAGAGCGAGAAGACCGACGGGAGUCGCGACGCCACCCCGGGGAACUCGAGGCAGGGAAGCAACAAGGUCGCGCCGUCGCUCUCUCGGAAGAAUAACCUUAACCUUACUAGCGGCGAGGGAGUCGACGGAGGAGGAGGCGAGUCCGCGGUCGCGGAGGCGGCGCGACGGCUCGCGGGCGGAGUACCCGGGUUAUCGGGCGGCGCCGGCGCCGGGGCGAGUCGACUCGGCGAGAUGCUUCGGCGCGCCACCACGAACCUCGUGAACCAGCUUCGCACUGCGUACAUGCUCUCGCGCAGCGGGCACGGCCUCAGCGGCGCGCACGGCGACGACGGCGACGAGUCGUACAGCUCGCGGUGGGUCCACCGAACGUCCAUUCUCGUGUACGUGUACGAGGCGAUUCUUCUCGAAGUCCUGGACUACGACUUCGCGCCGUCGAACGAGUUCACGGGCAUGGGCGCGGUGAACAUGAACGUGUCCUGGGAAGCCGUGGACGACCUGAGCGACCUUCAGAACAUGGGUCUGAUCGCGCGCCUGAAGCUCGCGACGCGGGAACAGUUCACGUCGACGUCCUAUCAAGUCUUACCCGCGGGCAUCGCCGCGCUGCGGAACAUCAAACAGGAGGAUAAGGACGCGAUCGACGCUUUCUUGACCCAGGGCGUGCUCGGCGAUACCCCCGCGACGCUCAACGCGCUCGCGAAGGAGCGCUUCACGCACGGCUCGCCGUUCGACGUCAGGGUGGACGCGAUCACGAAGGACUUCAUCCUCGUCGAUCCGGACGGCCGCGAGCGGUUCAGGCGCGUUCUAUCUUACACUGUUCCCCAUACGACCCCGUCCGCGUGCACCAUCACCGACUUUGAGGACGUCUCGUACGUGUGCUCGCCGUACCUCCCGGACUGCCUGCGACCGGAGCGCACGACGACGCGGACGAACCGGCCGUUUUCGGACUUUAGCGAGCUCGCGCACGUCGCCGCCGCGGGGGAACACACGCUUCGAGAGGAGGGCGACACGCACGUCGUCGUGUCCGGGUUGAAAAUUAUAACGUCGCAGUACCUCGUGAACGGACCGAACGAGCUCAACGCGUUGAACGAAAAGCUCAUGCUGCACGCGUCCAGAGGGGAGAUACGAAGCGGUCAGAGCGGGCUCGUCAGCACGAAGAUCGACGCGUCGCCCUCGAGCACGACGUUCGACGUCCAGAUGAGCGGCAUGGCGGCUAUUUUCCCGAUGGACUACGUCCGGUCGCGGCUGGCGAACUUCGAGUCCAAGGUGUACUUGCCCGAAGACCCCGGGGUGGUGCAGGUGGAAAACUUCGGGAUUCACCUCCACGCGAACGGGCAGGUGGUGUUCGGCGUGAUUGUCGACUCCGUGCAGUCGCACGUGAAGGACGGCAUCCCCGUCGACCUCGUCGCGCGUCUGGUGUUCGACCUGCACGAGGAUUCGUCGUCGACGCUCGAGUCGAUAAGCUCGUCGCACCAGCGGCUGUUGAUGACGUCGCUGCGCAGCAAAAAGAGCAAGAAAGUCGCGGGCGCGGAUAAUCACGCGAGCGCGCACGGCGCGACCAUGAGCGUCGUGGACCUGGGCGCGAGGACCGAGCGUCGAACGCGCCGCUCGAAGAAGGCCGGUGGCGGGGAGGGGGGCGGCGGCGGCUUGUUGGGGUACUUUCAGCGCCUCUUCGCGGCGUCGCGCAAGAGGGCGAAGAGGAAGUCGAGGAUGAAGCGCGCGGCGACGCGCCGCGAGUCGAUGAAGCGCGGCGGCAGCGGCAAGGCUGGGAGCGGCGAGGCCGCCGGCGGCGGCGCGUUGUCGCCGUCAGACUCGGCGCAUCCCAUGUGGUAUUCCGACGACAGCAGCGAUAAUUACAGCGAGGACGACGAGCUCGACGACACGCCGUCGAAAACCCGCGAUUCGUUCGUGGGUCGCGGGAAGGUGAUGUACGCGAGCGGGGGCCACUCCGCCAGCGUCGUCGCGACGAAGUCGCAGUUUUCCAUGUUCACGAUGUUUCUCUGCGAGGAGAUCCGAGCGCCCACGCUGUCGAACGUCCCGGUCGGGGAAACCCCCGCGCGGUUCGACGUGACGUACUUCAUGGACGGCGAGGACAACGAGAAUGAAAUCUCGCAAAUCACCGGCAGGGUCCGAAACGCCGCGGACCUUCCGGACGGCGGCGUCGUCAUCGCGGGCGAGAAGGGCAUCGUCGUCUCCGGGAUCUGCGCGAAGAAGUUUGAAAACGUGUUGGUCACGCACGCGGCCAUCAUGUCCCGCCGGAUAUUCGUCUCCACGUUCUUCCACCGCCUGUUCGAGAUGGAGUCCGAGAUCGACAGCAUUCAGCUCAUGAUCGCUACGCACAUCGGGAAGCCGUCCGGCCUCGCGGAGAUCAGGCGGCGCGUCAUGGUGGCGUGCAAGCAAGCGUCGCUUCUGGACGCGUUGCUGACGCAAGUGAAGACGUCGUCGCACUCGCUGCCGGAUAUCUCCGAGGAGGACGCGCGCACGCACGCGAACGAUCCGAGCUUCGAGAUUCUCCUCGAGACGCUCGAGACGAAGGACUACCGCGAAGAGCUCGUCGUUCGGUUGAAAGACCUCGAGAGCCUUCUCAAGUGCGCGCGCCUCGGAUUAGACUCGCUUCGCGAAAACACAGACGUCAUCUCCGAGGUGCAGAUGUUCAAGCUCCAGGAGAGCUUGCAGUCGAACACGCGCAACCUCGAGUCGCUGUUCCGCGCGAACGAGUCCUCCGCGAACUCGCUUCAGCUCAUGCAGCUCAUCAUCGGCGGUUCCCUCGCGUUCUCGGUGAUGGACCGACUCGUCGGGAACUGGAACCUCCUCGACGCGUCGUGGGGACGCGACGUCUUCGACGCGUUCAUCGACCCGCCGGCGUUGUGGUUGAUCAUCUCGUUGCUGUUCUUCGCGCUCAUCGUCCUCACGCUGCAGUACGCGCUGAAGCGCAUGCUCGAGAAGGCGAGCGCGGACAUCAACCUUCGUUACUCCCUGCACGUCAAGAUUUCCAUCCUCGCGCUUCGUCGGUUCUUGAAACGUCACGAGCUGUACAGCGAAGAGGCGGACACGGACGUGGAGGGGAACAACGUGUACAAGGCGACGUGGGAGGAGCCCGCGGAGGCGUACGAGGGCGCGAGCGUGCGCGUGGAAAUCACCGUGGACCAAGGCCACGCGCGUCUGUCUACGCUGACGUUGAAGUACAACCGAAGAAGCGGGACGCUGAGCGUGCAAGAGGUGCAGGAGCGGUUCUUCGGCGAGCUCGUCGUCGCGGGGGUCAUCCUGGACGCUUCGGAGCUCGGCGAGCUGUUCCACAACGAGGAGAACGAGGAGGACAAGCUCAACGCGUUGAUGGAGAUGAAGCGCUCGAGGGAACGCGCGAAGAAGUUGCGGCAUCAGAGAGGGAACCGGCAGAGGGUGAAGAUCAUCGAGCGGACGCCGAGGCUGCGAGGCUCGUCGAAGAAUGGGUUGAGCCUGAAAAAAUCUGAAUGA